AUGACUUUUCAGACCAAGCAGAUGAAGUCCAAGGCUUUGUCAGUAAAGGAGUCCACCUGGAUGUCGGAGGAAUGCCAUCUAGUGGAGGAUCGGCAAGGGAAUAUUCAGAGGAACAGCCUUUGCUUGCCAAACAUCUUCAGGUCUACGAAGGUGAAGCCUCUCGCGAGGAGCAAGUACACUUACGUGGUUUACCACACGGCCAAGGAGCUUCUGCUGGAGGCGCUGGACAGAGGGGCUGUUCGGGAGAUGACCAGGAGAGCGUCCGGUGUGAAGGCGGGAGCUCACUGUCCGCAACCCAGCCACGGGAAGGAGCAGUGCACCGACGUGAGCGAGGAGGAGUACGCCGAAGCUUUGACCUGCUUCUCUACAGUGCUACAGACAGGACUGUGGCCAGGAGACGACUGCUGCUUGGGCUCUGAGCUGAGCCUAAGCCUGAGCCUGGACGGUUGGCAGGGUGUCCUGAAGAGAAACAGCUUCCAGACAAAGCUUCUGUCUCUGAGCAGGCAAAGCGACAGCGAGAAGCUGCAGGCUCUCUCUGACUUGUGUUGCCACUUGGCCAGACGCUACUUGGCCUUAUACACACCAGGUCAAAACCUGGCCAUAAAGAAAUACCAGCUUUCCCACCAGCAGGGUCCUCGCUGUCUGCAUCUCGCCCUCCUCUGUGAUAUGAGCUCAGGCUUCAUCUGCAGCAUCUAUGUGUACAGCCCCGAGCAGCUGCAGAGGCGAAGUAGGAGACCUGUCCUUGAGCAGGUGGUCACACACCUGCUGAAGCACCACCACGGCCACAGGCACGUGGUUCAGCUGGACAGCUCUGCUUGGAUGAACGGCCAACUCAUCUUCUCUAAUUUUGAGCUUAAUAUAAACUUUGUUCCAGCGGUCAAAGGUUCAUCCAUGGAAGCAGCACCCUCAUCAUGCGUGUCUCCUAGUGUCAAACCAGAUCGAGCAUCUGAAGAGUCCCUGUCUCAGCUCGUUAAGCAUCUAGACGGCUGGACUGGACCGGCCCUGGUUCUUUCGUCGGACAGGAAUGAAUCAGUGGACCUUUUUCUCCCAGGCCUCUGGGCGACACUGCACAUGGUCUGCAUCAACACUUUUGUGCUUCACACCUUGCAAAGUCAGGAAUCAGGGAGGCGGGUCCACUUAAACGACUUCACCAGGAAUCUGGCCUCUCAGCUGGCCAUGGACAGCAGCAUCCCUGUGCACUUUAUGCCAUGGCCUAACAGCACCGUGCACCAGGAGACACUACUUUCAAACCUUUGUAGGCAGAGCCGUGGUCAGAUGUUGGGAAGAGACAGGCAUGAGCGCAGUGCCGUGGCAAGGCUGCAGGGGUGGAGCAGACCAGGAGUGUGCGGUUUGGACAACUCAGGCAACUCGUGCUACCUAAACGCUGCGCUGCAGUGUCUGUGCGCGACGGUGCCGCUGGUGGAGCACCUCCUCCACCAGGACACCCGCAAAGCGCUCACACGGUCCAAAUGCCACGUAGCCGAGGUUUUCGUGCGCCUGCUGCAGGAGAUGUGGUUGGGAGGGAGUCCCACGUGUGCGCCCGUGGAGGCCCGGUCCGUGCUGUGCUCCAUCCUCCCUCAGUUCAACAACUACUAUCAGCAGGACGCGCAAGAACUGCUCCUAUGUCUCCUCAAUGCCCUGCACGACGACCUCAAAAAGGCUGAAAAGCACAAGGCUUGCUCGGUUCAACAGCCGCGACCAGACCAGAAUAAAAGGCGUGCAGCAGAGUGUACCAUUGUGUCACAGCUGUUUGAGGGUCGGUUGAGCUACACGUCUCUCUGCAUGGACUGUGGUCACCAGGCACACAGCACACAGUCGUUUACUGUGCUGUCCUUACCCAUUCCAGCAACAACCAAGUGCUGCAUUCAGGAUUGUCUCUCCCUGUUUUUUGAGCACACUAUCCUGGCCGGUGAGGAGCAGAUGCUGUGUUCAGUGUGUGGGCUACGGAGAGAAACUGCGGUCGUCACUUGUUUAGACAAACCUCCUGAGGUCCUCAUGUUGCACCUCAAACGGUUUGGUAGAAAGGGGAAGAACCAGGUGAAACUCAGGACAAAUGUUCUGUUUUCCAUGACGUUAAAUCUGUCCCAGUUUUUGAACAGCUCAGUACAUAACAACCCCCACUCUUCAUAUCACCUGUUUGCUGUCUUGAACCACACAGGCAACCUGAACAUGGGCCACUACACAGCUCUGUGCCGUAACGCCCUGACGGGGACCUGGCACUGCUUUGACGACUCUGACGUCAGGGAGGUACAGGACAAUGUUGUGCAAUCCCCAAAUGCUUAUGUGCUUGUGUACAGCAAGGAGCCUUUUCAAAAGCCCAAGAUCAGUGGCCUCUGAGGUGUCCGACCAAAAGAUUGAAGCCAUGGGGGACAGUGUUAACUCCAUGUCUGUCUCAGCUAGUCAUUUUAAUGACAGAUUAGAACUGCAUUAUGUCUGCAGAAUGUCUCCAUACUCCAAACUAAUUAAAGUCACACUGAGCUGUGUCUUAUUAUGGCCCAAUA